UUCCAGAUGAUGUGGACAUGGGUGCUCUGGUUACAAUUUGUACACUGGCCAUAACAUUAAUGAUGUUAUAUGGAGCAGUUAAACAAAAGCCUGCACAUAUUUUGCCAUUCUUCUGCUUGCAACUAUUUGAUUUUGCCAUAACUACACUUACUGCAACAGGAUAUUUGUGUUAUUUGCGCAGUGUUCAUAGAUUGGUAUCAGAAAGUCGUCAUUUACCAAUGAGAGAAGAACUUUUGAAACUAAGCCCACAAACACUCAGUUUAUUGGUUCUAGUUGGAUUUAUUUGCGUUAUGCUAUUCAAGGCUUACUGCAUUGGCGUAGUCUGGAGAUGUUACAAAUAUUUAACAAUGCGUCAACAUGCUCUCAAGACUUUAUUGCCCUAUGUUAUUCCUGAUCCUACAACUACUUCCAAUCUCGAUGCUACUUUGAACCCUAAUGACAUCAAUGCCACUCGUACAGCUAUGAUGAUGAAUUGUGAACCAGCUUACAGCUCCCUUUUGCCUGAUUAUGAAGAGGCUGUCAAACAAUCCCAGGAUAUUCCACCAAGUUAUCAAGCUGCUGUUGCUAGCGCUGGGUUAAUUGAAAAAGAGGCUGCUGCUUCUUCUGCUGAUGCAACUGAGGAAACGAAUAAGCCAGAGACUGAGCCCGCCAAGACACCUGAACCGGAAACUACCACAAAAAGUGAACCCCAUAAUGUGUAAAGUAAAAAAUUAAUUUUAAAUCAACUGAAAUAAAUUGCAUAACCGAAUUGAAAUUUUCAUCUGCAUAUGCAUAGAUGGCAAUUAGCUGACAGACAUAUUUUGAAAAUAUAACUACAUAUAUGUAUUAAACAAUAUAUAAGGGCAUAUAUAUAUAUAUAUAUAUAUAUAUAUAUAUAUAUAUAUAUAUAUAUAUAUAUCUGAAUUAGUUUUAGUUGGAGAUAUAUAUGAUGUUUUAUUAAAUUAAAUUGUAUCUAUAUGAAUUAAUGGAGGUGUGCGAUAUUUUUUUAAAUUAUUAACUACUAUUUGAAAUAGUCACAAAUUACCAUAAAUAGUU